AUGGCAGUGUUAAAAAAAUUUCGUGAUGGUGUUCUUCCCAGCGAUCUUAAUGAGACUGUUAUCUCCCUCAUUCUGAAGACUGGUUCCCCUAAAACAGCAGCUGAUUAUAGACCUAUUGCUUGCUGCAAUACGCUCUAUAAAUGCAUUUCUAAAAUGUUGUGUUCUCGCUUGUCUGAAGUUCUUCAAUUCUUGAUCCACAGUAAUCAAGGGGCUUUCAUCAAAAAUCGUCUCCUGGCUCAUAAUAUACUUAUAUUUCAGAACUUGCUCAAGGGUUAUACGAGGAAAAACAUCUCAGCUAGAUGUAUCAUGAAGAUCGAUCUCAGUAAAGCUUACGAUACAGUUGAUUGGCAGUUUGUGGCUGACUUGCUCAAGGGUCUUUGUUUUCCUUCGAGGUUCAUACAUUGGGUGUUGGUCUGUUUAAAGGGAACCUCUUAUACAUUGAUGCUCAAUGGUCGGCUUCAUGGCACCUUUAGAGGGGAAAAAGGUCUUAGACAAGGAGAUCUGGUAUCUCCUCUUUUGUUUGUUUUGAUUAUGGAGUAUCUGACUCGACUUUUAUUUCAGACUUCUAAACAAAAAGGUUUUGGUUUCCAUCCCUUAUGUAAGCAUGUAAAUCUUGCCAAUCUCUGUUUUGCAGACAAUUUAGUUAUUUUUUGCAAGGGUAAUGUGAAAUCAAUGAGACUCAUACAGGCUGCUAUUGAUAGUUUUUGUGCCACAACAGGCCUCUCAAUCAACAACUCUAAGUCUCAUAUAUACUUUGGAGGCUUGAAAGAUGAUUGUAAAUCUCAACUAUUGGAGAUUACUCAAAUGGAAGAAGGCUCUUUUCCGCUUAAGUAUCUUGGAAUUCACCUUAGACCAACUAAGUGGAGAGCUGCAGACUGUGGGGAAAUCAUUGAAAAAAUACAGCGGAACCUCCAUUCCUGGGCUAGCAGGAAUCUUUCUUUUGCAGGUCGAGCUCAACUCAUUCAUUCAGUCCUUCUUGGAAUUAGGAAUUUCUGGAUGAACAUCUUCAUCCUUCCUCAGAAAGUUGUUGAUGUCAUAGAUAAAAGUUGCAGAGAUUUUCUUUGGGGGUUGAAAGGGAACCGAAGCAAACCUCACCUCACUUCUUGGGAGCAAGUAUGUCUUCCCAAAAAGUAUGGAGGAGUUGGCUUCUUUGAGGGCAGGAAGUGGAAUAUUGCGUUGAUGGCCAAGUAUAUUUGGGCUAUAUCGAGCAAAAAGGAUUGCUUAUGGGUCAAAUGGAUAGACUCGAUCUACCUUAAAGGCCAAAGUUUCUGGUCUGUUCCCUUAAUAAGUGACACUAGCUGGUACUUUCGGAAAUUAUUGAAGCUGAGGAAUGUAAUAGAUUCUGCUGCUGUUAGCUCUUCGGGGUUAAGAGGUAAAUUCAAAGCGAAAACUUUUUAUCUUUGUCUUAUCACAGCUAGCGAGGUUCAAUAUGCAUAUGCUAUAUUGCAUCGAUUAUGUGUCCCGAAACACAGAUAUAUUUCCUGGCAACCAAUUAAUGAACACCUUCUUACUCGAGAUAAUCUGGGGAAAUUUUUGGAUCUGGCCUCCUAUCUCUGCCCGGUCUGGGAUAGUGUUACUGAGUCCCAUCAGCACCUCUUUUUUUACUGCACCUUCACUAAGAAAAUUCAGCAAGAAGUUAGCUCCUGGUCUGGUUUUAGGAGCUCGCCUCUGACCAUUGAAGCCUGGAAGACUUGGAGCUCCAAUGUCUGUUCAGACCUGUUGUAUCUGGUGUGGAAUGCUAUACUUUCAGCAGUAUUUUACUCAGUUUGGUGUAAUAGAAAUAGGUGUGUGUUUGAUUUGUGUUGUAACUCAGUGAUGAUAGUUAGUUCAUCUAUAAAAUUAGCUAUCAAAGCUAGAGUUAAGGAAAUUAAUUGUACCAAGGCUAAGAAAAGAGAAAGAGAUGUAAUUGGCUGUAUAAAUUCCCUGUAA